AUGGUCAAACUUCCUGACUUCCCGACUAAUGUUUUGAGCUCCGAUAAGACUCACUUGGGUUUCGAUGAGGUGACCAAAAGGUACAAAUUACUCAAGAGUUCUUUUCCUUACACCGCAAUUCUCACAAUUGGGUUGGAUUCUUCAUGGAGGAUCCUUAAUGCCGAGCUACGCCAACCUGACGAAAUCUUUACGACUCAAGCUUCGUGCUUUGAUGGACUCCUUUGUUGGAUAGGAUCCGAUCGAAUUCGGGCUUUUGAAUUGCACGAAGAGAAGUUAGUUGCCAUCCAUCCCUUACCCUCUGCGGUUAAGCGAAUGAAUUUUGGACCUAAUAUAGCAGUCACAAGAUCCGGGCAGAAAUCUUGUAAGAUUCUACAUCACAACCCUACUAGGAAUGGAGUUUGGUCUGAAGAGAUAUUGGAGUCACCGGAGAACGACAAUGUUGUUUAUUCUAAUCCUACUACUAUUGCUUUGGGUAUACUUCCCGAUGGAAGGAGGGUCACAUACGAAAUUCCGGCUACUUCGUCGUCUUCGUACAAUAUCAACUUUUUUUAUCCCUCAACAAAAAGGUGCGAAAAUAUUAAGAUUGAGAAGGAUUCAUCAUUUAACGGCCUUGAAGACUUCUCCUAUGUUGAGGAAAAUACAUUCCCACUUGUCCACAUAACUUCUGUUUGUCCGUAG